UUUUGAAUUCCAAAAGAGCAACGAGCAACCUCCCGUCAAUCAUAGAUCUAAUAACUUUCUUCUUAAUUAAGUCAAUUUAGCAUACAUUAGUGAAUUGUAUAAUUUAAUCAUGUCUUUCCCAUUACCUGACCAGGCCAAAAAAUUCUUGUCUGAUAUUGACUCCAAAACUAGUGGUAAUCAAGUUUUACACCAAUUUGAAUCUCAAACUGGUUUACCAAGAUCUUAUGCAGUUUUAGGUUUUGUAGGUGUCUAUUCUGUAUUGAUCUUUUUAAAUGUUGGUGGUGUCGGUCAACUUUUAUCUAACAUUGCUGGAUUUGUUGUACCAGGUUAUUACUCUAUAGUUGCUUUAAAUACUGUUAGUAAGAAUGAUGAUUCUCAAUUGUUAACUUAUUGGGUUGUUUUUGCAUUUUUAAACGUUAUUGAAUUCUGGUCUAAGGCUAUUUUAUACUGGAUUCCAUUCUACUUUUUAUUCAAAACUAUCUUCUUACUUUAUAUUGGUAUCCCAUCUUUUGGUGGUGCUACCUUGGUUUACAAUAAUAUUAUCAAACCAUUUUCCGAGCAAUAUAUCUUAAAGGAAGGUGGCGCUAUUGCAGAAAAGAUUGAUGAAGCUGCUGAAGCUGUCUCUAGUGGUGUUGAAUUAUAAGUGAUAGUAUUAACUUCAUUUAGAUAGGGUGGAUUUAUUAUACAUAAUGGUGUUGUGAAAUUAUUUAUA